AUGUCAACAUCAACUACACCAAGUACUCAACAACAGAGUAGUAAUGGUAGUGUUAGUGUUAAUGGCUCUGCAGUAGUACAGGAGUCACCAAUUGCAACUUCAACAAGCGCUUCAGUUACAUCUACAAAUACAACUGCAACUGCAUCUACAAGUUCGUCAACACCAAUAGUUACACCUUUGACACCGUCGAAGGCAUCAUCAUCGUCACAACAGAAUGCAUCGGUAUCAGCUGGAGGUAGUUCAACACCGAUUCUAUCGCCACUCGGUGGGUUGUCUGCAGUAGCGUCGUUGUCGAGCAGUGUUAGUGGACAGACACCUCCAAGUACACCGGAGCCAAUAGCGAAUCUUUUGAACAGAGGUCUCAAUAAGGUGCUUGCAGACUGUGGAAAGAAACAACAACCAAUCAAAGAGGAGAUCAGAAACAUAUUGGAAACACUCAAACAACAUCCAAACUUGCUGACAAAGACAACCGAACCAGAAGUACUCACACGCAACCCACUAUGGAUAACGAUCGUUCAACAACUCUCAAACAUCUAUCGUCAAUCAUUUGAAUCGAGACUACCGAAAUUGAUUAAUCCUGCUGUUGAAUUGGUUGAACGACGAGAUGACACUUUUGCAGAUUGUAAAGUUGGUGGUGACAGUAUCGACCAAGUUCCACAAGUAUACACUGGUGUCGGCAGUAAAGACACUCUUUUAUAUAUAUAUAAUCAAAAGUAUAUUGUACAACAUAAUAAUACAAUAACAACAACAAACACAACUACAACAACAUCAACGAAUAACAAUAAUAAUAACAACAAUAAUACACCAAAAUUACAACCGAAUAUUAAUAAUAAUGAUCAUAGUGUAUCGUCAGCACUAUCAUCAUCUGCAGCGACAACACCCGAUAUCUCUGGUGUCAGUACGGCUAAUCUAUCAUUGUCACUGCCACCUGAAUUACAAUCACCACUUCCAAAUAUCUUGACUCCAAGUUCAACCGUUGAACAAGUUGCCAAUAUCAUCGAUGAAAUGAUAGAUAAAGCUGUCAAUACAAAUCAACAAGUUACUUGUGAACAGAAAGAAUCAACUAUAACAUCUGGUACAAAUCAACAACAACAAUCAACAUCAGAUGAAUCAACAAGCAGUCAGAUUAUACAUCCAACAGUUUUACCUGCAUCGUUUGACAAUGAAAAGGAGGAAUAUGAUAUUUCAUUACGUGAUGCAAUCUUGAUUUUCAGAUUACUUUGUGAAUUAUCAUUAAGAGAAAUAUCAGAUUAUGAAUCACCACCAGAAGUUAAAAUUAGAAUAUUCUCAUUGGAAUUGUUAUCAUCGAUCUUUGAGGACUUUGGAAGAUGCUUAAAGAACUUCCCGAAUAUUGUAAACUAUGAGAUCAGAGAAGGAUUGUUCCCUUCGAUUCUGGCAUCAGGUUUAUCGCCAAACAACACCAUCUUUAGGAUCUCGUUGACUCUGUUCCUCUAUAUUGUCGUUCAUUACCGUGAGUUCCUCAAGGACGAGAUUGGACAGUACUUUUCAAUCAUCAUUCUACGUGUAUUGGAAUCUACAACCAGCUCUAUCCAACAUCGUUGGUUGGUUCUCCAAGUUCUCAGAAACAUCUGUGAGAAUACACAGAUUCUGAUUGACCUAUACGUAAACUACGAUUGUUCGGUCGGUUCCAAAGACAUCUUCCAACGGACCAUCGAAGAUCUCUCCAAGAUUGCACAGAUGGUCGUUCCAGAGAACAAGAUGUACGAGCUUAAAGUGAAGUAUCUAGCGUUGGAGUGUUUGGCACUGAUGCUCAAGAGUCUGGACGAGGGUCUGCGUAGCAAGAAAGAAGGUCUCGCUGCCAAGCUGGCAAGUCUGCCCGCCGAGAAUCAAUAUACUCUCUCCAAGCAAAAGAAACUAAAGAUCGAAGAGGCAAAACUAAAGUUCAAGAGUAGUCCAAAGAAAGGUGUCGAUCAGUUUGUGAAUCUCGGUGUUGUCGAGCGUAACGACGUCCAACUGGCCAAAUUCUUCAGAGACACCGAGGGACUUGACAAGACGAGCAUCGGUGUGUACAUCUCUGAGAAGGAGAACGCUGGAAUUCUCGAUUCCUACACUGAGCUCUUUAAUUUCACUGGCUACACACUGGAUAAUGCUCUUCGUUACUUUACAGCGUACUUCCGUCUGCCGGGUGAAGCGCAAAAGGUAGAUCGUGUCGUACAGGCAUUUGCCAAGCGUUUCUAUAUUGACAACCAGAGUACGCCAUCGUUUGAGUUUGCCAAUGACGAUGCCGCUUUCAUCUUGUCAUUCGCCAUUGUAAUGUUGGCCACUGACUUGCAUUCCACUGCAAUCAAAACUCAUAUGACCAAGCCAGAUUGGAUAAAGAUGAACGCUGGAAUCAACGACAAGAAGAACUUUGACGAGCAAUAUCUCCUUGGAAUAUACGACCGUAUCUCACUACAGCGACUCUCGCUCAAAGACGACGACGAUAUCUCUGACGAACCCAGUCUCAACGUGAGAACUACAUUCAACCUCGACGAUCCACACAAACCAAUCGUUGAUACACGUGACCGUUUCCACCAUGGUAAUCUUCUCGUUCAACUCAAGACUAUGCUAUCGUAUAUUUGGCAUCCAAUUCUCGUGUCACUCUCGCUGGUCCUUGAGAACGUAGAAGACAGAAACGUGUUGGUUUGCUUGGAGGGUUUCAGAUGUGCCAUCAAUUUGACUUCACUACUUACAAUGUCCAUCGAGAAGGAAGCAUUCGUUUCAUCACUUGCCAACUUUACUAUUUUUGAUAAGAUCAAAGAGUUGAAGCCAAAGAACAUAGAGUCACUGGAAAAGAUGAUUCAGAUUGCCAGAAUCGACGGUAACUAUCUCCAGAAAUCGUGGCAUCCAGUAUUGAAAUCGAUUUCACAAUUGGAGCGACUCAGAAUCAACUAUCUUGGUGUCAACAAUCCAAAUCCAGACUCGGAGAAACUCAAGCGUACAAUGAGUACCUCUGAUUUCUUCCAGUUGAAAUCAUCACAACGUUCCACUCCAAUCAUUCCCGAAGGAAUCACCAUUGAUAUGAUCACCAAGGAUCUAGACACUGCCAAUCACCUCUAUGUUAAUAGCAGCGGUCUCAAUGACAGUGCCAUCGUAUUCUUUGUAGAAGCACUCACACAGAUCUCACUCGAGGAAAUACGUUCCACACCGAAUCCAUCGACUUUCUCACUGUUGAAACUGGUCGAAGUUGCUAUCUACAAUCAAUCGCGUAUCAAGCUUAUUUGGCAACUGAUUGCCGAUCACUUUACAAAGAUCGGAUCGCAACCAGAGAAUGUCUACAUCUCAUCGCUAGUCAUCGACUCGCUUAAACAGUUGGCACAAAAGUUCCUCGAACUCGAAGAGAUCAACAAGGAUUCUUCACAAAAGGAUUUCCUUCGUCCACUCGAACUCAUCUUCCACGCCAACAGUCAUCCAGAGGUCAGAGAGCUCAUUCUCAAGUGUAUAUUCCAGUUGACCAACGGUAGAAAUGCGAUGAUCAAAUCCGGUUGGAAACCUAUUUUCACCAUCUUUACUCUUAGCUCUUUUGCUGAGCCACAGAUUGCUUCGCAAGCCUUUGAUUUCGUAGAUGAACUCAGUCGUGAUUUCACUAAUAUCACUGAAACCUUCUUUAUCGACUAUGUAAAUUGUUUGUCGACCUAUGCCAACUCGAAACACAAAGAUCUCUCAUUGAAAGCAAUCGAUAUUCUUAGCUAUUGUGGUGUCCAACUUGCUAAUGGUCGUGUCUGUCAGCUCUCGCGUGAGGAAGGUGCCAACGGUAGUAACUCUACAUUGUUCACUGACUCUGAACAACAUAUUUCCUUGUGGUUCCCACUCUUGACUGGACUGGCACGUGUCAUCUCACACGAAGACAGCGAACUACGUAGCUAUGCACUCGAUACACUCUUUAGAGUGCUCGCGUUGUUUGGUUCAACUUUCUCACCGAAGCUUUGGGAGUUGAUUUUCCGUGGUGUUUUGCUUCCCAUCUUUGAUAAUGUCGGUUAUUCAAAGGGUGCACCAGAAACCAUCUUGGAAGACACCAAGUGGCUGAUACACACUGGAGACCGUGCUUUCAAGUCAUUGACUGAAAUGUUUAUCAAUUUUAUCGAUAUCAUUUGUUUCCUUCUCGAUGAUAUGCUUGACCUCUUUGUAUGCUGUAUCCUCCAGGACAAUGAAAUUCUCGCCAAGACUGCCGGUACCUUCUUGAUACAACUGGUCACUUUGAAUGGCAACAAGUUCUCAGAUGUCCAAUGGUCAAAUGUUUGUCAUCAAUUCCACAAGAUCUUCCAAACCAACACACCGGUCGAGAUAUUCAACCAAUCGUCUUUGUUGAUGGGAAUGGGAAUGGGUGGACAACCAACUGUUAUCACAACAACUUCGCCAAUGCCAACGAUCAAUGAACAACAACCACCAAGUACACCAACCAAGCAGAAUCCACAUCUCAAUGGUAAAGUACAUUCAUCACUCGCUGUAAAGAAUGUAGAUAAACAUCCAAGUUCAGCACCUAUUUCACCUGUACUCAAUGGUACCAACAACAACAACUUUGACAAAUCCAACCAUCAUCACAACGUACCAGAACACAUUCAACUCAGACAAUCGGCAUCACUCCCAACCACUCCACUUUCCCUUACUCCACCCAUCUCCAGAGUACAAUCAACCGAAAACAUGCAAAACUCUCCAUCUGAAGCUGUUGAUCAACAGAGACAAUCAUUAUCCAACAACAAUGAUUCAAGUGAUAAUAAUAACAUCAAUGGUUCAGAUAGUGAUGAACAACAACAACAACAAUCAUCGCCAACAUCAAACAAUAACAAUAAUAAUCAACAACCAAAUUCACCAUUACCUUCGACAUCCAGUCCACAUCAUAACAGAUCAUAUUCGUCACCAACCAUUCCAACACUUAUUAGUAUGAAGAAACAACAUGCUCGUACAACCAGUCUUGGUGGUGGUCCACAACAGGAUGCUCUAAAGCAGAUUCAAUCAAAGUGCUCCGUGCAACUACAGAUGGUGCAAGCCAUCAAUGACAUUGCAUUCUCACACUAUGAAUUCCUGAAUUCAUCGCAACUACUCUGUCUAGGUGACUGUCUGGAGAUCUCCUAUCAAUUCUGUCUCAGUGUAUUCAAAGACGACAAAUUGCAUCCAUUGAUCUCCCGUAUCGGAACCGUACUAAAGAUUCUACAACAGAAUACUAUCACCGGAUAUCUCAAUCUCCUCAUUGUACUAUAUACCGAGCAAUGUAUCGAUGCCACCACAAGAACAUUGCAUUCCGAACACAGACUGGUCAGUCUAUUCAGAGAAUUGACAGAGUUGUACAUUAAGAAUCAAAACGAAACCAUCGUUCAAACCGACACAAUGCUCAAGAUUCUUAAAUCACUGCUACAGUUUAACGACGAGAAGUUCAUGAGAAAUAUGAGCAUCUUUUACGAUUUGCUAAUUAAAUUGCUACUGAACGACAGCAAAGAUGUAAGAAUAGCACUCAGAGAGAUUUUAAUACGUUUAGGUUCUUUAAGAGGAACAAUCGAUAAACAAAUGCAACAACAACGUCAACAGCAACAACAAUCGAAUCACCAACUUCCACUAAACAACAUUGUCCAAACAACCAAUUGA